AUGAAUUCUGAAGAAUUCAAUAAUUUUGUAAGAAUAACCACUGAACUCACCUGCAAAAGUACUCGGAGUUUAACCUUUCAGAACUAUGUGGAGGAACGCCUAAAUGCUAUUGAUUAUAAUGAAUUUCUCAGAGCCUCCAAUCAAGGGGAAAGACCCCGUUUUUACAUUAGGUUGAAAAAUCCUGAGCGUAAGAACACUAAUGAACGUGGCUUGAAAGUUUGUUUGUUCAAUGACAAUUUAUUUGAAGAAAAAGUAGUGAGCCCUGGAACAACGAUAAUAAAGUUUGCUCCUAUGCUCAAAGUUAUAGGAUUCACAAAUGACAACUGCUCUGAAUGCGGAAAGCAUCUCAUUGAUAUAGGAGACAAAGGAAAAGAAGAGUCUGAAAAUAAGCAUCAAGUUGAAAACGGACUAACGCAAGCAAAAGAAUUCGUAAAAAAUGAAGGAAUUGUCAAGUGUAAAAACUGUAAUUUUCGAGUCUUUUGUUGUCAAGAAUGUAAACUCAAAGCCAUGCUUGAUUGGCAUGAUCUAGAAUGUGAUUUCAUUGCUCAUAUUCAGAAAGAAUUGAUAACUACCAACAAUGGUAUAAAAGUGGAUACGGAGACAGAUCAAGCCAUCGAAAAGAUCAUCUUAAUAAUAAUUACUACUUUCAGACUACUUAUCAGUUUGGUAAGAAAUGAUGAGAAGUUGUUCGAAAUAGUUAUAAAUAUGAGUGAUCACUUGAAACUAUAUCAAAAGUAUGUUGAAAAGGGCGAGGUUGAUAGUCCUGAACAUGAAGCAAUAUUCAGGGAAACACAACAUACUUUUGGUCCAUUAAUUGCAUCUUACUUUGAAGAAAAAAAAACCAAAUCAAACAGGCUCAAGUCAAACCAAUUGAGCUUGGCCAAAUAA